AUGGUUCAGGUUCUCAUUCGUCCUGGAAGUGAUAGUGGUGUAAGAAGAGAGUUCAGUGAAAAAUUCGUUGAGGAAUAUGAUGAUGUCCGAUUUUACACUCUUGAAGCUAUAGAAAAACUGGCCACAGUCUCCGACGAUCGACGUUUAGACAAUGAUCCAUUUGAUACUGCUUACGAGGUUCUAACAUCAAUAUCAUCCGUUCCUGAAUCCAAGGGCGAACUCGAGGACUUUUACAUACCUGCACCAAAGAAAAAGGCACACGCGCUUUACUCCUUGACGGAACAUAAGAAGCGAGCACAAGGAGCAUGGUUAGCUGUGAUGAACUUAGAGAUGGUGAAAGAAAGAAGGAAAAUGAUACUUUCAAAAAUAACUGAGUCUAUUGCACCAUGGUUCACCAAGCCCGAACUCCUAAUGGACUUUCUGACCGACUCAUACAACUCUGGAGGAUCAACUUCAUUGCUAUCACUCUCUGGUGUCUUUUAUCUCAUUCAGGAGAAGAAUUUAGAUUAUCCAUCCUUCUACCGAAAGUUAUACUCGCUAUUAGACACAGGUAUUCUACAUUCGAAGCAUCGCUCAAGGUUUUUCCGGUUAUUAGAUACCUUCUUAUCUUCAACACAUUUGCCGGUAGUACUUGUCGCAAGCUUUAUCAAGAGAUUAUCCCGACUUACUUUACACUCCCCUCCCUCUGGCGUCGUUGCGGUCGUGCCAUGGAUCUAUAAUUUACUGAAAAAGCACCCAACGUGUUUAUUCAUGAUCCACAGAGAGACUAGAGGGACUGAAGCGAAGAAGAUUUUAGAAGAAGAAGGCCUUUCAGAUCCAUUCCUAAUAGAUGAAGAAGAUCCGAUGUUGACCAAUGCUAUAGAAAGCAGCUUGUGGGAGAUUGUUACACUGCAAUCACAUUAUCACCCGAAUGUUGCAACACUUGCCAAAAUUAUUUCAGAACAAUUUACGAAACAUUCCUACAACUUGGAGGAUUUCUUGGAUCACUCUUAUGGAAGUAUGCUUGAAUCCGAGUUAGCAAAGGAUGUGAAGAAGGUGCCGGUUGUUGAAUAUGAGAUACCUAAGAAGAUUUUUAUGAAGCAUGAUGUUGAUGCUGGCCUGGAAGACUCUCUACUUGUGAAGCUGUGGAACUUUAAUUAG